CUUUAUUUCGAUAUUUUUGAUACAAUGUUAACCUUCACAAGCCUAUUCAUCCUAUUUUCACUUAUCACGCGUGUAUUUGCACGUAAAAAUGUGACAAUGCCCAAAAAUCAAGAUCAAAUACUCAUUGAUGGAAAUUAUACGUCGGGAUACUAUUGUGUCAAGGAUCCUGAGGGUCAUAAUGUACAAACGAUUGAAGGUGAUGAUAUGCUUUUGUAUAGGACAGACACAGAUUCAAACAAUGUGUAUUUAAUGUGCUCCGAUAGUGUACCUGACUAUGGCAACGAAGAAUUGUGUGCACAACUAGAAAAUGGCAAGAUAAAACUUAUUUCAGAUCCUACCUCUUAUUCUGAUUUUAGAUUUGUUGAUCAGGGCUGUGGCUGCAGUGAAUGUGCAACGUAUAUUGCUGCACAAGAUUGGGAUUAUGAAGCAAGUGUAUUUGCAGGAAUAAACUGUGGUAAUAAUGGUCCGUGUGAUUACGUUGAUGAUCAGGAGGAAAAUGGUGAAUUUUACGUUUAUGGCGGUAGAGAUGGAUUUGCACAGAUCUCACUACUAGCAUUCUCUCCUUGCACGGAUGGCACAACAACUAUGAACAACUUUUAUUUUAAAGAUGGUGAUUAUAUUCUACAAGCAUGUGAUGAUGGGAUGUCUAAGGAUGCAUCUUUUUGUGUGGCAGAAUUAAGUAGUGUUUCCUCCACCACAGAUUGGUAUUUUAAGAAAAGCCCAGACGCAAAGUACGACAACGUAGCUUGUGCCUAAGUGCCUCGAUUUAUUUUAUUUUAUUAGUAUUGAAGUCUUUAAACUCUGCUUCAAAGUAUUUUCCAAAAAUAAAUAAACAAACGAAUGAUGAAUAAAUACUUAAGCGGGAAACUUUAUUGAUUAAGGCGAUCUUUUUCAAACAUAUUGUAUUGUGUUAGCAUAUUUUCAUCCUUCCUAAUUUGGAAUACCA